AUGGCAGAAUUCGUGAAUUUACGUGCACAGAAGCAAUACAAAGUGCGAAGGGAAGCUAAUUGGCGAGAUUUUAAAUUUCUUUACAGAUUUCAAGAAGAAAACGUAAAUUGGAUGACAACGUACUUUUUGCGAAAAAAUCUUGAAAGAAGAGGAGCCGCUCUUUCUUCAAAUCAUAAAAUGAAGUUUUUCUUGCGAUAUAUGGCCAAUCCUGGAUUUCAGAUAGGUGUAGCAGCUGUAGCAGAAGAAUUGGGAAUCACUCAGUCGACUGUUUCAAAAACAAUUUCAUUUGUAAUGAACAAAAUAGUUGAAAAGUCCCAUUUAUGGAUCAAAUUUCCAUCAACCCAACCCAAAAUAAACGAAGCACAGCAAGUGUGGCAAGAAAAAUUUCAGUUUCCAAGUGCUAUUGGAGUGAUUCAUUGCACGCACGUUCAGAUUUUGAAACCGAAUCAACACGGUGAUGAAUACAUCAACAGAAAGGGAUUGGCGACUUUAAAUGUGCAGGCAACAUGUAACUCAAUGGAAAUGUUUACUAGUGCUGAUGUUAGUUGGCCGGGUUCUGUACACGAUGCAAGAAUUUGGAGGAACUGCGAUAUACGUGUAACUAUGCAACAGUUUCCUGGUGCAGUACUACUGGGCGAUGAUGGUUAUGGCUUAGAACCGUGGCUAAUGACUCUAAUAAUGCAUUGGAAAGAGCUUACAACAGACUCUUUAAGAAAGGAAGGGUUAUAA